UUGCUAGAGAUUCACUCCGUUCUCGUGGAUGUUCAAAGGUAUGAUAGUAGUGGAUGAAAUAGAACGAAAAGCAUUACACCAUUUCAUUUUUUCAUCUUAAGCAAUGAGUGGGAACUUGCAUGGGAACAAGGAGUUUGACGAGCAGCUGCGGAUGCAGCAGCUGUACGGGCAGCGGACGGGGGACAAAGACGACCCCUACACGUACACAGACCCCGAGGACGGCACCGUCUACGACUGGGAUCAGGACAAGAAGGCGUGGUUUCCCAAGAUAACGGAAGAUUUCCUGGCGGCCUACCACGCCAACUACGGGUUCAACGAGGACGGCGAGGCGGACCCGUCCGCCUCUGGCGCCGCCAAAGCGGACGUGCCAGGCAAGCCUGGCACCGCGCCCAACCCGCCAACCGCGAGCGCGGACACCGCGCCGGGCGGAGAUGGAGCCCAGGCCGCGGAGGCGAAAAAGAAGGGAGAGAAACGAAAAGCAGAGCCAGGCUGGUUCGACGUCGACAAAGACAAGAACACAAACGUAUACGUAUCAGGCUUGCCUCUGGAUGUCACUCCCGAUGAGUUUGUGGAGCUCAUGUCCAAGUGUGGCAUUGUUAUGCGGGAUCCCAUCACAGAGGAGUACAAGGUGAAGCUCUAUAAGGACAACCAGGGCAACCUGAAGGGAGACGGGCUCUGCUGCUACCUGAAGAAGGAGUCGGUGGCCCUGGCAGAGCGGCUCCUGGAUGAGAGUGAGGUCAGAGGCUACCAGCUGCAUGUGGAGGCAGCGCGCUUUGAGCUCAAGGGCGAGUAUGACGCCAAAAAGAAGAAGAAGAAGAACAAGGAGUAUCGCAAGAAGAUGCAGCAGCAACAGAAGCAGCUGGACUGGCGGCCGGAGAAGAAGGGCGAGGUGCGGAAGAGGCACGAGCGCGUGCUCAUCAUCCAGAACAUGUUCCACCCCAGCGACUUCGAGGAGGACCCCCUGGUGCUGAACGAGAUCCGCGACGACCUGCGGAUAGAGUGCGAGAAGUUCGGCCAGGUGAAGAAGGUCAUCAUCUUCGACAGACACCCGGACGGAGUGGCCUCGGUCGCGUUCAAGGAGCCGGAGGACGCGGACGUGUGCCAGCUGGCGCUGGACGGGCGCUGGUUCGGGGGCAGGAAGCUGUCAGCCCAGUUGUGGGACGGCGCCACGGACUACCAGGUGGAGGAGACUAACCGCGAGCGGGAGGAGAGGCUGAAAGGGUGGGCUAGCUUCCUGGGGGACGGCAAGGAGAAAGGAGCGGCGGGGGGCGAACCCGCUAAAGACGCCGGCGCCGAGGGAGCGGACAAGGGCCCGGCCCAGGGGGACCCCCAGACCGGCACGGAGGAGCCCCCCAGCGCGCCGGGGGCGCCCGCGCCAGAGACGGCGACGGGCGCAGAGGGGGAGGAGGCCGCGGAGGCCGCGGAGUCCCUGGGGAACGGGGCCGGGCCGUCCGAGGCGGCGGAGGCCGACUCCACCGACAGCAGUCUGGCGGGAAGCGAUGACGAGUCGUAGUUGCCCCGGAUACCCUCCAUUUCGUCAUUACCAGCUGAGGUGGCCAUCGCCAGACCGUACUGCCUGAUUGUUUCGUUUUUUGUUCGUUUGUUUGUUUAAAUCAUGAUAUCAGUAGGAAUUUGGAGGUGCUACCGCUGAAGGACGGAAGACUUAUGAACUGUUUGUGAAUAGAUGAAGGUCGAAGCGUGUCCUCCUGGAGAUUUGAAUCUUUGGACUGGUCUAACAUGCCUUCCCCUUUCAUAAAGCUCACCCCGCCUUCCUUCUCAUACCAAGACAUCGAAAUGCUGCGAUACACUUGUUUUGCCCCUUUUAUACUUAAAUAAAUCCAUAACAAAUGAGGGAUGGUAGGUGUUUUUGUGUCGGACUGAUUCAUUGUCAUUUCGUGUUGUCUGCGUAAUGAAGUGGACUGAAUGGCCUUGGAAGUUUUAACAAAACGGAAUGGGUUAUAGUGUCUAUAGUCUACGGCAUUGUGCGCUGUAAGUGUAAAUACUUUGUCUUUCUCACAAAUGCAAAUUCGGAAUUAACAAACAAUAAUUUUAAGUCCUUAAAUUCAUUCAUUCCAAAAAUAGAAGCAAAUAUGACUUGAGACCAGCUUAAUCUGAUAACAGUUGUGACUGAAAGUUGUUUUAAAUUGAUGGAAGUAUUCGAUCUCAAUAAAACAGACCAGUCAACAUGCA